AUGCAGGAUAAGAAGCCAAUUGCUUUCUUUAGUGAAAAGCUUGGAGGAGCCACUCUCAACUAUCCAACCUAUGACAAAACUCUAUGCCUUGGCAACAUUGGCAACACUACUCUGGCCAAAGGAGUUUGUCAUCCACAGACCAUGAAUCUCUCAAACAUCUCAAGGGCCAAAAAGCUCAACAAAAGGCAUGCCAGGUGGGUUGAAUUCAUUGAGACAUUCCCAUAUGUCAUCAAGUACAAAAAAGGUAAGGACAAUGUUGUAGCCGACGCAUUGUCCAGGAGGUACACUCUUCUCUCAACUCUUGAUGCUAAACUCUUGGGCUUUGAACAGAUAAAAGACUUGUAUGAUUCUGAUUCUGAUUUUGCUGAGAUUUACAAGUCUUGUUCUAAAUUUGCUUUUGGCCGAUACUUUAGACAAGAUGGGUUUCUCUUCUAUGAGAACCGCCUUUGUGUGCCUAAUUGUUCUUUGAGGGACUUGUUUGUCAGGGAGGCACAUGGAGGAGGCUUGAUGGGACACUUUGGUGUGGCCAAAACACUUCAAGUCAUGAGGGAUCAUUUUCAUUGGCCGCACAUGAUCAGAGAUGUGGAGAGGAUUUGUUCUAGAUGUGCAACUUGUAAACAAUCCAAAUCUAAGGUUCAACCUCACGGUUUGUACACUCCUCUCCCUAUUCCAUCUCAUCCCUGGACUGAUAUAUCCAUGGAUUUUGUGCUUGGAUUGCCUAGGACUAGAACUGGAAAAGAUUCUAUCUUUGUGAUAGUUGAUAGGUUCUCAAAAAUGGCUCAUUUUGUGGCAUGUCGUAAAACUGAUGAUGCAUCUCAUGUAGCUGCUCUGUUCUUUAAAGAGAUUGUUAGAUUGCAUGGCAUGCCGCGCACCAUUUUCUCUGAUCGUGAUACAAAGUUCCUGAGUUAUUUUUGGAAAACUUUGUGGUCUAAGUUGGGUACUAAGCUUUUAUUUUCUACUACUUGUCACCCUCAAACUGAUGGCCAAACUGAAGUUGUUAAUAGGACUCUUGGAACUUUGUUGCGCGCCUUGAUUAAAAAGAAUCUUAAAAGCUGGGAUGAUUGUUUGCCACAUAUUGAGUUUGCAUAUAACCAUGCUGUGCAUUCUGCUUCUAAGUUUUCUCCAUUUGAAAUUGUUUAUGGGUUUAAGCCCAUCUCUCCUUUGGAUUUGAUGCCUUUGCCUUUGAGUGAAAGAUUAAGCACAGAUGGAAAGCAUAAGGCAGAGACAGUCAAGAGGAUCCAUGAGCAAGCUAGAAGGAACAUUGAGGCCAAAACCAAGCAGUAUGCUCAACAUGCCAACAAGGGCCGAAAGAAAUGGUCUUUGAAGUGGGAGACAAGGUUUGGAUCCAUCUGCGCAAAGAGAGAUGAACCAGAUUUGAGGACAAAUCCUUUUCAAGAGGGAGGGGAUGAUAUGAUCAUGGAGGAGGUUGCUGGGAACUUGGACCAGGAAGCAGCUGGAGAGCUUGUAGCAGAGGAGGAGCAGCUUGAACCUGAGGAAGCUUUGGAAGCCUUGGCCUUACCAACUGGUCCCAUCACAAGGUCCCAGACUAAGAUGCUCAACCAAGACAUUGGAAGAGUACUUAGCCGUUUGAGUCGGCAUGAUCAGGAGCUUAAACAUUCCACUUUGGUUUGUUUGAGAGCCCAACACUUGGGAUAA